GGCAGUUGCCGCUUCAAGCGCGCCGCCAAGAAGUCCGCCAGCUUCGGCGCGCAGGAGAUGCACGAGGACGAAGAGACCGCCAGAUUGCAGCAUCGGGGAGACGCCGAAGGAGUCGGCAUCGUGCGAGCGACGAGGCGCCCUCGCAACCCUGUCGGCGCGCAGAUGGGUCUUGGUGCCGGAGGAUCGUCUGCGUCAAGUCGGGCCCUAGUGUCGAUCUCAGACGGUUCGGAGCUUGAUGGCGCCAGCAGCGUUCUGAGUUGUCGCAGCAAUCGGCCGCAGUCGCUCGGGCACGGGCUCCGCAGGUACCAGAAUGACAAGGGCGGCCCGCGGAGCGACGCGGGCUGCUCCUCGGGGCCUUCACCGAGGACGCCCUGCAUGGUUUCCAAGAUCAAGGCGUCCGAGGGCCCGGAGGAACCGCCGACUGCGAAGCCCAAGAAGCACAAGCAGACCAACGCCAACAGCGUCGAUGGCGGGCGCCAGCUGAUCGAGGAAGGCGAGUCCAACUGGGGGAACUCGUUGCUCUGGUCCAGGAAGUACAGGAACCGCGACUUCGAGAACCUCCUCACCCGCCUGAGCGCAAGAGCAUCGAAGACGUCGUCCCUGGACCAGGAGGGCGCGGCCGCCGUGGCCGAGGAGCUCUACCAGCUCUCGGUGCAGUUUGAGGAUGCCCGCAACUUCGUGGCGAUGUUGAGGGAUUCGCCUGAGUCGGUGGUGCUUCAGCUGGGCGAGACUGGCAUCGACUUCUUCAAGAAGAUCGACGAGGCCACAAUGGCGAACGUCUCUUCGACACUGAUGCUGACGCUGGUCUCACAUUCGUCCGCCGACGUCGUGAAGCUCGGGCUGCAGGUGGCGAAGUACCAGAAGACGUUCACCGACAAGGUCAUCAAAAAGAACAGCAUGCAGAGUUUCAUCGACAUCAUGGGCAGUUGCAGCGCCAUUCUUGUGGAGUGCGAUAUGGACGCCAUCGACACCAGCAGCCAAGGCAUCAACGAUGCAACUGGGUGGUGCCCAGUGGCCUUAGCCGACCUACACGCCCUUCGUUGUUUCGCCCAGGUACAUGCAACCGACCCGAAGGAUAAGCCCCCGCGCGCCCUCUGGGUUUUGGGAGUGCAGCUCGUGAACAACAAGGGCAAGCUAAGCUCUCGGCUUCGCGCGUGCAUGCGCGUCAGUGCGGGCACCGCUUGCUGGGCAAAGGCUGCAUGGGACCGCUUGCCAACCUCUUCGUCAGCGGGGUGCGCUGGCGACUGUGUCCUGCAGGACUCCGUCGUCAAGUCGGUGCGGCAAUUUGUUGAAGGCCUCGGAGAUGCGAUCUGCAGGCUUGACAACCAACGCGGCAUCGCUUCACUCUGGGGGAUGAUCGGGGGCAUGGCUGCUGAUGACGAGAUCCUCGCCAGCGUCGAGGCCUUCUCGAAGUACUUCGACGGCCUCGACGACAACGGCGACACCAAGGACGUAGACUACGCCGCGCACGUGGCGCUCAGGGACAAUGUCGUCCGUUUGCUGUGCGAUUCAAUUUCGCGCAUCCUGGGGUACGACAACAACUUCUCCAUGGGCCUCGCUCGAGGCGAUUGUGGCGAUGCGGACCCGUUCAAGGUUUUGUCUAAAGUUGCUUGGCCCAUCCUGCUGUUCGAUAUCCCGCCACCCGCGAGGGCAACCAUCAAGGAUAUGAAGAGCAGGUGUGAUGUGAUCGUGAAGGUGAACAUCGUGAAGACCCAGUGCGGCAUGAAGCCCUGUGAAAGCAGCUUGAUGCAGUGGAGCGAUGCCUGGCAGGACGAGUCGGUGAUCAGUUGCGCGCCGAAGUUGCCGUCGGACGACGCCUUGCCCGCGAUGCGCGCCGAGACGUUCAACAAGGUGGCCUCCGAACUCAAGGACGCGUUGCCUCCCGACGUCCAGUUGCACGUCGCCGCAGUUCGAGCCUACAAUUUGAUCAAGGGCACCGCGACCUCCUGCCUUCAGGGGAAGUUGGUUGGCUGCAUGCAGGCGACGAGCGCGCUGAAGUCGCACGCUGACUUGGUUGCCCCAGUUGGGGAUAAGGCGGAGCUGAAGGAGUGGAAGCCCGUGCUCAUCGGCGAAUGGGGGAAGCGGUUCCAAGACAUUUUGAAGAAGGUCGACCUCUGGGGCACCCAGGCCUUCUUGAAUAAGUACGGCCCCGAUGGUGAGAACCUCCUGGCUUUGAUAUCGGCGUGGGAUUUCGGCGGAGAGGGCAAGCAGUCGUGGCUGGCGUCGCCGACCAGAGACCCCACGAAGGAGCAGGAUAUGAAGGCCGUCGGGUCCUUCGUGAUGUCCUUCGGCCCCGUGGAGCGUGCGCUCGAGGACUUGGGGGUCGCUCGCAGCUCGUUGCACUGGCUCGACCCCCUGUCCGCCAACCGCCUGAACGAGGCCAUCGUGAACCUGCCGCGGGCAAGGGGGCUCAAGAAGUCCGCGGCGGUGCUGAUGUGCAGCACCGUCUUGUGCAAUGCCUGCUUGACUGGCAUCGGCAAGAACGAUGCUCGGAAGUGCGUGACGGAGAGGGUCAUGGUCAACUUCGCUGACCUGCCCCCGAAGUUGGUGGAGGUCGUCGGUUCCGAG